AUGAAAUCGGGGAAGGAUAAAAAUAAACAGAAAGAGGAUGCACAUUUGUUGAAGGCAAAGGAACUUCGGGAAAAAAUCGAAUCUCUAAAAAAUGACUUAGCCGAAAAAACCAAACUCAUCAACACGCUAAAGGAGCAAAGAGAAAACAAAAUUCAAAACAUAAAGCAGCUGGAGGUUGAGAAUAAAGCCAACUAUGAGCAGUUCCUUACUGAGUACCAACAAAUCUUAAAUCAGUACAGAAGCAUCGAACGGGAGAUCCUCGACGUGUUAGCCGAUUUGAAAGUUCUCUCCGAAAGAUCGUACAGUGAAAUAUGUAAUUAA